ACAAUACCUUGAAGAGCAACUUUUGAUACAAAUUAUCUAAUUUCCUUGUUGUAUAUUUCACAUAUCGUCGUAUGUUAUUCAGUUAAUCACGUUUAUGGUGUUUUAUGUGUGUUAAAUUGUAAAAAUGAAUAUUGAUUUCGAAGCCAUGGCUGUUUUGGAGGAGGAAUCACAGAAUGAGUCGCUGGGCGGUGGAGUGUACGGCUCGGUGGGGGCGUCGGGCGCGGAAGGCGGGGAAAGGCGCGAGGGGGGAAAGCGCGGGCGCAGACCUGGCCGCAAGGCGCAGCUUGACAAACAGGACAUGAAGGCCAAGCUAGCAGAACGCAGCAGGCAGUCUGCGCGGGAGUGUCGAGCGCGCAAAAAGCUCCGCUACCAAUACCUUGAGGAGCUGGUGGCGGACCGGGAGCGGUCGGUUCUGGCGCUCAGGAAGGAACUGGAUAAGUAUUACAAGUGGAAUUUGGAGCUAGACCAGGGCAGGAUGCCGGAGGGUCUGGAAGCCGUACUCCAAGAGAUGGGGAUCGUGAAACAGGAGGAGAGUAAAUCCUUUUUGACAUAACCUUUUUUAAUUUACCCUUUAAUAUAGUAUAUAUAAGUAUUAUGUAAGGAUCGAAGAAGGAAUGAAGACUCACAUUAUUCUGGUGUUCUCGUCAACUCCAUGCUAUGACAACCGGAUUUCGUAAAUGGAACAUUAUCAUCAUCUGCUAUUU